AUGUCUGUCGACGACUACUACACCAAAUUGAUGGGUCUGUACGAAGAAUUGGCUCAUUUCAAACCACUGCGUUCUUGUUCGUGUGGGCAGUGCUCGUGUGACAUUAUCGGGAAACUAGCCUCAGACCGAGACGAGGAAAAAUUCCAUCAAUUUUUGAUUGGCAUCGAUGAUGAGCUUUAUGGGACUGUUCGCACCAAUCUGCUCUCUCGCGUACCUCUUCCUUAUCUGGAUGAUGCAUAUCUGGCUUUCACACAGGAGGAGCAGUCACAGGGCAUAGCUCGUGGGAAGUGCUCGUGUGACAUUAUCGAGAAACUAGCCUCAGACCGAGACGAGGAAACAUUCCAUCAAUUUUUGAUUGGCAUCGAUGAUGAGCUUUAUGGGACUGUUCGCACCAAUCUGCUCUCUCGCGUACCUCUUCCUUCUCUGGAUGAUGCAUAUCUGGCUUUCACAGAGGAGGAGCAGUCACAGGGCAUAGCUCGUGGGAAGGCUAGCCAGGAUACAAUCACCUCUCAAUCUAUUUUUGCUCUACAGGCAGACAGGUCGAGAAGAUUUGAGAAGGAUAAGUCCAAGCUCUCAUGUUCACACUGCUGUGUCUACAACUGCAAGCAAGGGGGGCACGACAUCAGCACUUGCUUUAAGAUACACGGUGUACCGAAUUGGUACGAGGAACUGCGAAGCCGACGCAACAAGAAUGGGCCUGCUGCACUUCGUUCUGGUACUGUACCCGCUGCCACUACCAGCCGUCCUCGUGGCCCACCUGCUCGGGCUAAUGUAGUUGCUGCUGCUUGUAGCAGCGAUGAUGGGCCUGAGGUCACCACCUCUCUUGACCUCACUCCAACUCAAACCAAGGUUCUCUUGAACAUGAUCAAUAAUUCCAAACUUGAUCAAAUGACGGGUGAGUUUUCGGCAACCUCUUGGAUUAUCGAUACCGGGGCAUCGUAUCACGUUACUGGUGACGAAUCUUGUUUAACCAAUGUGCGACCCAUACAUGACUGUCCUAUUAGUCUGCCUAACGGACAACAUGCUAUUGCAACAAAAGAGGGUCAAGAUGUAUUGUCUGACAAGUUGACACUAAACAGUGUUCUUUAUGUUCCUUCUUUAAUGUGCAAUUUAUUAUCAGUGUCUCAAUUAACUGAUGAUUUAAGGUGUUUUGUUCGAUUCACUAAUUCUUUGUGUGCUAUACAGGACCAACAUUCGGGGAACCUGAUUGGGGCCGGUGAACGGAAGGAAGGACUCUAUUAUUUCAAACGGAUUCCUACAGUAGGUGCGGUGUCCGUGGGUGAUUUAUCUACAUUUGAGCUUUGGCAUCGUCGAUUGGGGCAUCCGUCGGACCGUGUUCUCAAGUUAGUUCCCGAGGUUAAAAGUAGUCUGGCUAGUAAGAAAUUAAAUAAAGCUUGUACGAAAAGCAAAUUUGCUUCACGGAGUCGGAGGUGUGCUUUUGUUGGCUAUCCAAAUGGGAAAAAGGGUUGGAAGGUGUAUGACAUGGAUACGGGCAAUAUCUUCGUGUCUCGGGAUGUGAAAUUCCAUGAAAACGAAUUUCCGUUUGAACUCACACACACUAACAUUACGGACAACAGUAUGUUGGACAUAGGAGCUAAUGAGAAUGUUGAUAUACCAGAUUUGGAUUCUGACUUGGAUGAUGUUGAUAAUGCUGAUGGUCCACAUGAGGAUGAGGCUGCCAUGGCCCAACUUGAUCAGCAAGCCCAAAUUGAUCCUCCCUUGCAAACUGAACACACGGACUAG